CAGGGGCCAUAUUGUUGAUGUGUCACCUCGGGAGGAGAUCACUCACACGGACUUGACACUCAUUAUUUAUCACGGCAGCUGGUAUAUGCCAUUUUUAAAUGGAUUUAACAUAACCGUGCCAUUAGCUGAAGGAGAUCAUGGAGCCGUCGGAUUGUCAGAGCGAACUGACCCCUGCCUCUGACCCCUCCCAAAGUUCAGAGGUCAGUGUAGUUCCGGAAGGGUCAAACAAUGUCCUCAGCAAUGGGGGUGAACCUGUUUUAAAAGAACAGGAGGAAGACACUGAGCUGGACAGUCUUGAGCUGGAUGGUACUCUUUCAGAUAGUGUGGACAGAGAAGGUCAGAGACCAGACAUGCACAUGGAGGUCCAGCAAGAUGAAGGACUUGGAGAACAUGCACAGGGUGAUGGGAACACAAGCUGUGACAGUGGAACAGCCUCCAUUGAUGAUGCCAGGACUCUACCAGCUGUUCAUGAUAGUGCUGUAGAAUCACUUCCCGCGGUUCUUGAUGGAGAACUCGAAUGUUCUGGCCUUGAAGAACCAGCGGAGGUGGUUACAGAAUCAGAAGGUGGGACUCAGAAUAAUGUUGAGGCAUCUUCUCCAUCUGUUCUGAAUGGGACAGAUGAUAUUUCAUCCACACAACUUGAUACAUUCAACGGGCCAACAGAACUUAACAGAACUCCUUUGACUCCUACGCCGGCUCCUCAGGGUGAGGAACUGCCAGAUGUUGUUUCAGUACCCCAAAACUCGCAAUCUAACUCCAACAUGAACCCAUAUGACACGGACUGCAGCAGGAAACUGUUGUCUGAGAUCCAGCGCUCUCUGUCUCAGGAGUCUCUGCUGGAUGAACUGGAGGAUGAGCUGUUGAACAGUCAGUCAGAUGGCAUCCGCAAGGGAAGUCCUCCCAAUGGGCUUCAGAAGGACCAGAACUCCAUGGUUUUAUUUGAGAAGUGUGUACAAUACAAGUACUCCCAAAAGGAGAAAGCCAUCAAGAGAUUACUUGAUGAGAAUAAGAAACAUCAGGAGCUGAUUCUGGGCAUCUGCUCCGAGAAAGACAACAUGAGGGAUGAGCUGAAGAAGAGGAUGGAGACAGAGAAACAGCAUAUUUGCACCAUUAAGAAAUUUGAAAGCCGGGUGGAGGAACUUAUGAAGGAUAUGAAAGACUCCAGAGACAAACUGGUUCACCAAGAUCAGGCCGCUAAGAAUGCAAUCCAGCAGAUGCAGAGGGAGAUGGCCUAUCGACUUGAACAGGCCAAUAAGAAAUGUGAGGAGGCACGGCAGGAGAAGGAGACAAUGGUGAUGAAGUACGUCCGAGGUGAAAAGGAAGCUCUGGACCUGCGGAGGGAGAAGGAGCAGCUGGAGAAGAAGCUACGGGAGGCCACAGCAGAAGUAGACAAACAAGCUCGGCGGGGAAACACACUGGCCCAAGAAAAAGGACGCCUACAGCAGCUCUAUGAAGCAAAGGAGAAUGAAGUGACAAGACUAUCCCGUGAACUGGAGAAAGUGAAGGAAGAAAUUAAUUCUCAUGUCAUCAAAGUAAAGUGGGCACAGAACAAGCUGAAGAGCGAAACAGAUGCUCACAAGGAAACAAAAGACAAACUAAGAGAAACAACUUCCAAGCUGACUCAAGCAAAGGAGGAGACUGAACAGAUUCGCAAAAACUGCCAGGACAUGAUCCGCACAUACCAGGAAUCUGAGGAGAUUAAGUCAAAUGAAUUGGAUGCAAAGCUGCGAGAGACCAAAGGAGAGCUGGAGAAGCAAAAACAAGAGCAGACAGACCAGCUAGAGAUGCACAAAGCUAAGAUUAAGGAGUUGGAUGAUCUGAAGAGGACUUUUAAAGAAGGCAUGGAUGAGUUGACCACCCUGCGGACCAAGGUUAAGUGUCUGGAGGACGAACGGCCCCGCUGGGAAGACGAACUCUGCAAAUACAGAGAGAUCAUUAACAGACAGAAGGCUGAGAUCCAGAACCAGAGGGAAAAACUCACCGCUAUCACUAGACUAGAGGAGCAGCACCAGAGGGAUGAUCAGGAGAUCGCGUCCUUGCGGGAGGAGGUGGAGAAUCUGAACUCUCAGAUCACCGAUUUGCAGAGGGACAUUGAAGGCAGCAGGACAAGAGAGGCGGAGCUGCUGGGCUUCACUGAGAAAUUGACCAGUAAAAAUGCUCAGCUGCAGUCUGAGAGCAACAACUUACAGGCCCAGCUGGACAGAUUGAACAGCAGCUCCAGAGAGCUGCACAGCAAACUAGAGGAGACUGAGAGAUCCCUCUCUGAGAUGACGGACAGAUUGAAGAAAGAGGAGCAACAAAGACAGGAGGAAGUUCUGGCGUUGCAGACAGAGAGAACAACACUACAGACGGAGACAUCACAACUAAAGACACGUGUGGAGGAAUUACGAGAUGAACUGGUCACUCAGAAGAGAAAACAGGCGGCCAACAUCAAAGACCUCACCAAGCAGCUCACGCAGGCUCGUAAGAAGCUGGAGCAGGUGGAGAAUGGAGGAUGUGAUCGAGAAGGGAGCAGCAUGGGCAGCCGCUCCAGUUCUUCAGGCUCUCUAAACGCACGAGGCAGCAGUAUGGAUGAUCGCUCUCCAGAGAAUCAGUCCGGUUCAUCGGUGGUAGUGGUGGACAGCUUCCCCGAGGUGGACAAAGCUGUGCUGGUGGAGCGCAUUGUGCGGUUGCAGAAAGCACAUGCUCGUAAGAACGAGAAGAUUGAAUUCAUGGAGGACCACAUUAAACAGUUGGUGGAGGAGAUCAGGAAAAAGACAAAGAUUAUCCAAAGUUACGUGCUCAGAGAAGAGUCUGGAGCUUUGUCUUCAGAAGCCUCAGAUUUUAACAAAGCCCAUCUGAGCCGGCGGGGAGGUAUCAUGGCAUCACUGUACACCUCCCACCAUCUUAGCAUGAGAUGA